AUGUCUGCGAGCCAUAUUGCCGCCAACAGGAACAGCACUCCCGAGGGUUCGAGCUCGUUGCGCCCCCCGCAAGCCCGCACUUCCCUCGGCGCUGGUCACCACCUGCGCGCCUCUGCUGACAUGGGUGGCUUCUCCUCGCCCCUCGCCAACCGUGGCAUUCGUCCCGCUUCGGAAAUCUACUUUGGUCGCAACAGUACCCAGUCGGGCAACCCAGACGAGAUGGAGCGGGCUGCCCAGCAGUGGCUGGCCGACAUUGACCAGUACGAGAACACGCUCGAGGAAAUGGCCACGGCCACGCUCGAUCAGGACUUCAAGGACGAGUUGAGCGCCAUCGAACAGUGGUUCCGCGUCCUCAGCGAGGCCGAGCGGACUGCGGCCCUAUAUGCUCUGUUGCAGCAGACAACCCAGGUGCAGAUUCGCUUCUUCAUCCAGGUGCUGCAACAAAUGUCCAAGAACCUGCCCAUGUCUGGCGUGCUGUCUCCUGCCAAUUUCGGUGAAAAAGAUCCCAUGACGCAGAAAUUGAGCGAUGCUAUGAGCAAGCUCAAUACGGGCGAGAAUCGCCAGUCCAUGGGCCUCAGCCGCCCUCCGCCAUCUCCAGGUGCUGGAAAACGCAAUUCGGGCCUGGACACUUCUACUAUCAAUCGUAUGUUCCCGGACGCCGCCGCUGCCAUUGCCAAGCAAAAGGCCGAGUUCACUGAUGUUGUUGGGGUCGCGCCGGCGUCAAACCGUAAUAGCACCGUGGGCGACCGCAACUCCAUGAUUGCACCGACUAUUUCCGCUCCAGAAGAUGGUAGCAAGCGAGAAAAUAAUGCGCCUCCAGCAUCACCCUGGAAUGAGGGUACCAACCGUCCCAAGUCAUCUGGGCAGCAACAGCAGCAGCAGCAACAGCAGCAGCAGCAGCAACAACAACAGCAGCAACAGCAACAGCAACAGCAGCAACAGCACCAGCCUAUGGGCCAAUUUGCCCAGCCGCCCCCCUCCGCAGGGGGACUUCGCUCUCCUCGUCUCCCUCUUCAGAAUGAAGGGAAUAAUGUACAGACCACUACCCUCAACGCCCUCGAAGCAAAUUCGGCCAACAUGCCAUUGCUUUCCCCUGCUUAUGCUGGAGGCGGUAGCUGGGCCUCUCAGCUGAGCACUCCGAUGGUGGCCAACUUCAAUCAAACCAACAACCAGGCAGACAUGGUUGCCAAUGCUACCGCUAUGAAACUGGCCGCCCUUUCGACUGUUAACAAUCGCAUUCAGCUUGAUGACGUGCGCAAAUAUCGUCGUGCUCGUUCUUCGGAUAACGGACCUCUGUCACCUGGCCUACCCCACAUGGGCAAUUCGAACAUUCUCAUGACCAACGAGCGAGGUCAGGUAUUGACACCCCAACAGGCUGCUGCCCUCCAGGCGCAGCAGUUGGCCGUUAUGAACGGUCACCGCUCUCGUCCCAACUCGCCAGGCUUCGCAAUGCAGAGUGCAGGAAUGGGGGCCAUGGGCAACUUUGCAUCUCCCCAGGCCAACGGCUUCCUCUCCGCUGACUACAGUGGCAACGGUUUGAUGAACAAUGGCAUGGGUACCUUGAAUCUCAGCCAAUUUGGCAUUGGGGUUAGCGGCGAAUUUCUUGCCGACCCUAGCCAAAUGGACCGUGGGCGAUCGCCUCGCGGCCGUCGGGGCAGCUCGAAGCCUCCGGAGGAUCCCACCGAUCCUAACCUGCUUCAGGAUAUUCCCAGCUGGCUCAGGAGUCUCCGCCUGCACAAAUACACUGACAACUUGAAGGACCUCAAGUGGCAGGAGCUGAUUGAAUUGGACGACGAGGGUCUUGACAAACGCGGUGUCAACGCUUUGGGUGCCCGCAGGAAGAUGCUGAAGGUUUUUGAGCAAGUCAAGGAAGCUCAGGAACAGGGCAAGCUACGGUAG